CGGGUGAGUUUAGCGACGCAUUUCAAUCGACAAAGUAGUAGAAAAAGUGAUUACGUGGAUCGGUAUAUUUGAUUUGAAUAAAAUAAUACUACUGUUUUCGAGGUUUACAAGUCGUAAACAUGAAGUUAACCCAGUAUGAAGUGAUCACGUUAACGAUCGCGUUUGUCUACUUUGCCACGCCCACUUUGGGGUACUCAAAUAACUCACAAGAAUUGGAAACUCCAACGACUCCAUCGUCACUCACAAACAACAGUUGCAUAUUAUCAACAGGAUCGCUUGGCGAGUGUGUUGAUGUCAGAAAAUGUCCGACCAUAUUGAAUGAGUUGAAAAUGAAAAAGACCGAUCCGGAAUUUAUCAGAUAUGUGAGAGAUUCGAAUUUGAUUUGCGGACAACUUAACCAUAAUGUCUGCUGUCCCAAAGAGGACACUUUAGUGGAUCCACUUCCACGUCGCUUGCCCACCCAGGAAGAGAAAUGUGGUAAGCAAAAGAAGUUCAGUUUCAAGAAGAUAAUUGGAGGCAGUCCUGCGAAGAAAGGUGCCUGGCCAUGGAUUGCGCUACUCGCCUACGAUUACGGUUUCUCGCACGCUUUCAAGUGCGGUGGCACUUUGAUAACCUCAAGACACGUUUUGACAGCAGCUCAUUGUAUUCUUGAUGAAUUGACCUUUGUGCGCUUAGGCGAGCACGAUCUUUCCACGGAUACGGAGACUCGACAUGUGGACAUAAAUGUUGUCAAGAAAGUAAAACAUCCACAUUUCAAUAGGCGCAACGGUCGCAGUGAUUUAGCGAUUUUGUAUUUGGAACGCAACGUGGAGUUUACGGACUUAAUUGUUCCCAUUUGCUUGCCUAACUCUCCUCAAUUACUUGCAAAAUCCUAUGUGGAUGCUAAUCCCUUUGUCAUUGGCUGGGGCAAGACUCAGGAGGGAGGUCAAUCUGCCAAUAUUUUAAAUGAGUUGCAAGUGCCUGUUUGGGAAAAUGACGUCUGCCGAGAAAGUUAUGCCAAACUGAAUCGAAGUUUUACUGAGGAUCAGUUUGAUAGCGCCAUUCUCUGUGCGGGAGAUCUGCAAGGUGGCAAGGAUUCCUGUCAAGGGGACUCUGGUGGUCCGCUAAUGUCCCCCGAAUUCGGUAAACAUGGUGUAAGAUACUUUCUGAUCGGAGUUGUGGCUUAUGGUUAUGGUUGUGCUAGACCAAAUGCCCCCGGUGUGUAUACGAGCACACAACACUUUAUGGACUGGAUAAUCGAGAUGGUGCACGAGACGCCUUAAAGUGUAAAUUAUAUAUUAUCACAUUAGUCUAAUGUCUGUAAUGUAAUUUACAUUAAUUGUGAGCCUUUUUGGUUUUAUGUUU